AGGCCAAGCGGGUUAAAAUUGAAAAAAAAAAGGUUAUCUAAUUUUCUUGCCAUAGUGACUUGGUAUAUAUUGCUGAAGUUAUCCCAGAGAGAAAAGGCCAAAGACCAAGUAGUAAGCAAUCAGUUGUAGCAUUUGCAUCACUAGGAGUAAGAAUGAGAGCAAUCCCAUUUUCACUCCAGUAUUCGCAAUCCCAUCUUCUUUUAAGCUCAAGGCAUAUUAACAAAACUUCUCUUCCUCUGUUCCCUCCUUUCUCCAACCCUAGCUUUCGCCCUUCUUUCUCUAAUACCAGGAUUUACACUCAGACUAAGGCUAAGAAAGCUGAAACAGGAAAUGGGAACAACUCGUUGCCUGCUUUUGACCCUGACCCUUCACUUUCUCAACAGAAAUUACUUCAAGUCGUCUUAGUUUCUCCUAAGAUUCCUGGAAAUGCUGGUUGCAUUGCAAGAACAUGUGCCGCCUCAGCCGUUGCCCUUCACCUUGUUGGGCCAUUAGGAUUUAAAGUGGAUGAUACUAAAUUAAAACGUGCUGGACUGGAUUACUGGCCAUAUGUUGUAGUUAGAAUACAUAACACAUGGGCAGAGUUUCAGAGCUAUUUCAAGCAACAGGAAGGGAAUAAGCGCUUGCUGGCUUUUACUAAAAGAGGAACAACUAUUCAUUCAGACUUCUCAUAUAGAAAAGGUGAUUACCUGGUAUUUGGCUCAGAAACUUGUGGCCUACCUCCUGAUGCAUUGUUUGAUUGCAAAAGUGAGACUUAUGGAGGCGGAACCAUUCGGAUUCCGAUGGUUGAGACUCACGUUCGAUCUCUCAAUCUCUCUGUGAGUGUUGGUAUUGCUUUGUAUGAAGCUUCAAGACAGAUGAACUACGAACAGCUUCAAGAGCCCUCUGUAAAUUGCAGCGACCGUGAACAAUCAUUCCUUAUGGAGGAUAUAUUUGCUUAAUUAGUUGUAUACAUGCCAAUUUUGA